AACAUCUCAUCUACAGCCCCCGUUUCAUGAGACAUCAUCUCCUGGAGUGGCUACCCCUAAAGGCUCCCAACGAUCCAGUCUUCGUCCCCUUCUCGUACGCCGUCUACUGGACGGCGCACUCUGCCAUGCUCAUGCAGCUUGCGCCUAUCCUGCAGCGCUACUUUAAGCGAUUGACGCUGCUGCAAGCGGUGCUCGUGUUGUCGCUGCCGCUGAACUACAGCUUUGAUAUUAUAGUAGAUGGAUUUUGCACGUAUAUGGGAUACUGGACGUAUGAUCCCGGCAUGGGCCUCGUCAUUCAGUGGUCCACAGGCGGCAGACAACCACUCACAUGGCCGAUCCUGCUCAUGUCUGGUUGGCCAAAUUUGAUCGCGUACUGGGGUGGCAAACCGCCUCUGACUAGUCUUAACAUUAUGGAGCGCUGGUUUCGUCUUGACAGGUUGACGGAGCCUCAGGUGCCGUAUAUCGAAGGGAAUGGUCGGUUGGAUCUAGAAGAUGCGUCAGAAGUGUCGCCGCUGUUGGGUAGGCCGAAGAGUUCUAAAGGGAAGGCUUGGGUGGAUAAAUGGAAUACAUCAGAAGAGUACGAUGCGAGACUGGAUUAUAGAGUCAAGGAAUCGGUGCCAAGAUGGUUGUUCGAGUCGGCGAGGUUUGGCGCUUGGCUUGUCGUUUUCGAGGUUAGUUCCUUUGUUACGCUGGUUGUUCCGUUGGUGGUGUUGAGAUGGGCUACUGGGAAAGGAAGUCCUUAUGUGCCGUGAUAGUACAGCGUCUGGAGAAAGGUAUGAGUGUAGUGGUUUCCGCUGUCUGAGCCGCUUUGUCAUGGUAUCAGAUAUUCAGAUAGGCUUUAAAUUACUGAAGAAUGCAAAUGAGAAAAAUUUCAGGCGAUUC